GUGCGACCCCGCUGCGUGGGCUGCGAGGUCAGCCACGUCCAACCGCACCAACGUCCGUCGCGCCGCGGUUCCCCGCGGCUUCGUUAGCCAUUUUCUUGCAACGUCUCGAGUUUUGAGCAACAGCAGUGGGCUGGACGCUACCAGGCAUAGAUAGUUCGCUCGUUACUCAACACAGACGAAGGGGGCGUGUGCACGCGCCGAACCUCUCGCAGGGAAAUACUUAUUCAGUUCUGCUGAAUAAUCGAAAAAAUAUGGCCAGUGGGCACUAAUGAACUGGGGUCCCCGAGUUCCACUCCAAACCUAGGGCCGUCCUGUGCGACACUGUCUGUCUCAGAGAAAAAUGUCAUGCUUUCAACCCACUAAAGCUUACUUUAUUUCAGGGCUCCCCCUCCUUGCUUGAAAACCAGGAAAACUUCCACUUGUUACGUGCCUCGGUUUGCCAUCCUCCAUGGUGGACCCGACGACUUAACACGAAACUGUUUACUGAAUGAGGAAAUCAGUUUUAAAAUACUUGUUGCCAUAAUCAUAUGCGAUGUUCACUGUUUUGUCCCUCAAACUUUGGGAUUCCAAGAACGGUGACCUUAUGGAAGACCGAUCAGAACAAGCCUACCUUAAAGUUUCCCAUGUCUCAAUGGACUCCUGAAUAUAACAAGCUUUAUACCUUAAAAGUGGAUAUGAAGAGUGAGAUUCCUUCUGAUGCACCAAAGACACAGGAGAGUCUGAAAGGGGUCCUUCUACAUCCAGAGCCCAUUGGGGCAGCCAAAAGUUUUCCUGCAGAAGUUGAGAUGAUUAAUAGUAAAGUGGGGAAUGAAUUCUCUCACUUGUGUGAUGAUUCGCAAAAACAAGAGAAAGACAGGAAUGGUAACCAGCAAGAACAAGAAAAAAGUGUUGUUGUGAGAAAAAAACGCAAAAGCCAGCAGGCUGGCCCUUCGUAUAUGCAGAAUUGUGUGAAAGAGAAUCAGGGAAUAUUAGGAUUGAGGCAACACCUAGAAACACCAAGUGAUGAAGAUAAUGAUUCCUCCUUCAGUGAUUGUCUUUCUUCUCCUUCAUCUAGUCUGCAUUUUGGAGACUCUGAUACUGUGACUUCGGAUGAGGAUAAAGAAGUCUCUGUAAGACAUUCCCAGACCAUUUUGAGUGCUAAAAGUAGAAGUCAUAGUGCACGUUCCCAAAAGUGGCCUCGAACUGAGACAGAAUCUGUGUCGGGAUUGUUAAUGAAAAGACCUUGUUUUCAUAGCAGUUCAUUAAGGAGACUUCCAUGCAGAAAGAGAUUUGUAAAAAAUAAUUCCUCACAGAGGACACAGAAACAAAAAGAGAGGAUAUUAAUGCAGAGGAAAAAACGAGAAGUGUUAGCCCGAAGAAAAUACGCAUUACUACCCAGUUCUAGUAGUUCCAGUGAGAAUGACCUCAGCAGUGAAUCCUCUUCCAGCUCUUCAACUGAAGGAGAGGAGGAUUUGUUUGUUUCUGCUAGUGAAAACCACCAAAACAAUCCAGCUGCUCCCUCAGGAAGUAUUGAUGAAGAUGUUGUGGUGAUAGAAGCUUCCUUCACUCCCCAGGUCACUGCCAAUGAAGAAAUUAAUGUUACCUCAACUGACAGUGAAGUGGAGAUUGUAACAGUUGGAGAAAGCUAUAGGUCUCGUUCAACCCUUGGACACUCCAGAUCUCAUUGGAGCCAAGGUUCAAGUUCUCAUACAGGUCGACCACAGGAGGCACGGAACCGAAGUAGGAUUUCUACUGUUAUACAGCCCUUGAGGCAGAAUGCUGCAGAAGUUGUGGACCUUACUGUUGAUGAAGAUGAACCUACUGUAGUACCAACCACUUCUGCAAGAAUGGAGUCACAAACUACUAGUGCUUCCAUUAACAAUUCAAAUCCAUCUACCUCUGAGCAGGCCUCUGAUACUACAUCAGCUGUCACCAGUAGUCAGCCUUCCACAGUAUCAGAGACUUCAACUACUCUUACAAGCAAUAGUGCAACUGGUACUUCUAUAGUAGAUGACUCGAGGAGAACUACAUCUAGUGCUGUAACAGAAACUGGCCCUCCUGCAAUGCCAAGGUUACCUUCCUGCUGUCCUCAGCAUUCACCAUGUGGAGGGUCAUCACAGAAUCACCACGCAUUAGGGCAUCCGCACACAAGUUGUUUUCAGCAGCAUGGUCAUCAUUUUCAGCAUCAUCACCACCACCACCACACUCCCCAUCCUGCUGUCCCAGUUUCUCCUUCUUUUAGUGAUCCUACUUGCCCUGUGGAAAGACCUCCACAAGUACAAGCACCCUGUGGAGCAAAUAGUUCUGGUACCAGCUACCACGACCAGCAGGCAUUGCCAGUAGACCUGAGCAACAGUGGUAUCAGAAGUCAUGGAAGUGGUGGUUUUCACGGAGCAUCUGCAUUUGACCCCUGCUGCCCUGUUUCUUCUUCCCGAGCUGCAAUCUUUGGCCAUCAGGCUGCUGCUGCUGCCCCAAGUCAGCCAUUAUCAAUAGAUGGUUAUGGAUCAAGCAUGGUUGCACAGCCCCAGCCCCAGCCCCCUCCACAACCCUCUCUCUCAUCAUGUCGACAUUAUAUGCCACCUCCUUAUGCUUCUUUGACAAGACCACUUCACCAUCAAGCUUCUGCUUGUCCUCAUUCUCAUGGAAACCCUCCUCCUCAGACGCAGCCUCCACCUCAAGUGGAUUAUGUUAUUCCUCAUCCUGUACAUGCUUUCCAUUCUCAAAUAUCUUCUCAUGCAACAUCUCAUCCUGUGGCACCCCCACCCCCAACUCAUUUAGCCAGUACAGCUGCGCCCAUCCCUCAGCAUCUUCCUCCUACACACCAACCAAUUUCACACCAUAUUCCAGCUACAGCACCUCCAGCACAGAGAUUGCAUCCUCAUGAAGUGAUGCAGAGGAUGGAAGUUCAAAGGAGGAGAAUGAUGCAGCAUCCAACUGGUCUUUUUGUGUUCUGUGUUUCCAGGCGGGCACAUGAACGCCCCCCACCCCAUCCACACAGGAUGCACCCAAAUUAUGGUCAUGGGCAUCAUAUUCAUGUGCCUCAAACUAUGUCCUCACAUCCUCGUCAGGCUCCAGAGAGAUCUGCCUGGGAAUUGGGAAUUGAAGCUGGAGUGACUGCAGCUACUUAUACACCUGGUGCAUUGCAUCCUCAUUUGGCCCAUUACCAUGCACCUCCUCGACUUCAUCACUUACAAUUAGGAGCUCUUCCUUUAAUGGUUCCUGACAUGGCAGGCUAUCCUCAUAUCCGUUACAUAUCAUCAGGAUUGGAUGGAACUUCAUUCAGAGGUCCUUUCAGGGGAAAUUUUGAGGAACUGAUUCAUUUGGAAGAAAGAUUAGGAAAUGUCAAUCGUGGAGCAUCCCAGGGGACAAUUGAAAGGUGUACAUAUCCACAUAAAUACAAAAAGGUAACAACUGAUUGGUUCUCACAGAGGAAACUGCACUGCAAACAAGAUGGGGAAGAAGGGACUGAGGAAGACACAGAGGAAAAGUGUACUAUCUGUUUGUCUAUUUUAGAGGAAGGUGAAGAUGUGAGGCGUCUUCCAUGUAUGCAUCUUUUCCACCAAGUAUGUGUUGACCAAUGGUUGAUUACCAAUAAGAAGUGCCCAAUUUGCCGAGUGGACAUUGAGGCCCAGCUGCCAAGUGAAAGUUGACACCAUGUUUCAGAAACUCUUGCCCUCCUUCUCAUUCCCAUCCUUCCUGGUACUGCAGUCAACCAAAGAUGGCAUGACUUACCUGCGCAGAUUUGGAAGCAUUGAACUUAAGAGUGCUGGCUCUGCUAUAUGGUACAACUAAUGCUAGACCUACAAUUUAUGUAUACAGUUGAUUUUGAUGUAUUUAUAAAAGCAUUUUUUUUCUAGAUUUGACAUUUUUCCUGUAUCAUUUUACUGUAUUUUGCAUGGUUCCUUGUAUUGCAUUUCUUUGCACAUAUUAUGGGCUUGUGACCCUAAACUUGCAGGCAAGAUUAGCUGCUUUAGUAAGUAGAAUUUUGUGGUCUUUUUGUUUUUUACGUAGUACCAAGCCUUGAAAAUUAUGACUUUUUUUUAUCCAUUACUAACCUUUAAUUUAAUCAAUCAUGUGCUUUAGUUUAAUGUAUAAAGAUCCUCUAGAAAAUGAUAAUAUUGUGUAUUAAGACAUUCCUUAAUUAGGACAAAAUGGCUGCUGUAUAUUUACAACAUGGAGUUCUGAAUUAAAUACCAUCCUUAAUACUGGGGAACAGAAUACAACCCAUAUUCAAAUCAGAUGCAGGUGGUAUUCGCAUCACCAGAGUGAUCAAUAUAAAUUUUCUUGGUGUAUCUUUUCCUUCCAGCACAGUGCAGAUAGAGUUGAAUAUUGAUAUCAUACAUUUAGACUGCUGUUCUGAUUAUAUUUAUCUUUUUCUACAUUGUUUAGAACUUUAUUUCCCUGAUUGAUUUUUUGCUGCUGUGAAACAGCUUUGAUGAACACUAAAUAUUAAUUUCAAUUAGCUGGAUUGUACAUAAUUGCAGAUUUAACAAAAUUUUAGGGAAAUUGAAAAAGACAUGUAGAAUUUUGUUCAGUCUUCUACUAAGCACGAAUAGUUAAGAUAUCUGCUUACAUUAAUUUUGUAAACACAUUUCAGUCAAGAUUUAGAAUUUCAGUCAAUGGCAGGUAUCUAUGCAUUCAUAGAACUUCUAAAGGUCCCAGGAUCACUUUUAAGGGAUUUUUUAUUAGUUUAAAGGUAAAUAAAGUGAGCUGAAUCUACAUGUCUCUUGUUUUAUUUCUCUCUAAACUUGAAAACAAUAAAUCUGCAAAUACUGUGAGGCACAAAUUAUACUGUCAACCUACUGUUGCUAUGGUUAUAGACUCCCACUUCAUACAUUACCAAGAGUCGAUCACUGAUUUAAAAUUUUUAAUUUCUAUAGUUAAGAUUUACUGCAUAAUAUAGAGUAUAAAGUUAAGUUAACAUACUAACAUUUCUCCUUUGGAGGAAUUUUAAUCCACUUCAAGAUGCAUAUUAUUGAGAUACUUUUCAUAUACAGGAUAGCCUAAUUUUAUUUGUUUAAAUAUGCUUAAUAUGCCCCAGAUUGCAAAUGCAUCCAGUCAGUAAUAUCACUGUCUGUAUGUGGAAGACAUGUUCCCAUGGAUCAUAUGUGAAGAUGUCAAUAAGCUUGCAUUAAGCCACCUGCUUUGUAAGUGGAUUGAUUAAUAAAUAACUUAUAUUUCUAUUGUC